AUGAGCGCCUUCUACUCGGUGCAGGACUUUAUCGCAGACGCCCAGAAGCUCCCCUGCAAGGUCGCGUUCGACGUGCCCAACACUGGCCACCUCGAGGGCAGUGCAGACAAGGACCUCAAGGCCGGCUCGACCCUCGAGCUCCCCUUCUGGAUGGCCGAGAAGCUCUACCUGCAGGACACGGUCGACCUCAACCUCCCUCGACCUUACUCGCCCCAGGUCCGACACGCGCUCCAGGCUGCGCCAGAAGCAGUACACCUGCGCAACCUCGGCGGUGGCGGCGGCGGCUUCUAUGCCGGUGGCGUGCGGCUCCUUCGACUCAUCGACGACUCCGAGCUUUCCCAGAUCCUCGAGCACAGCUUCAGGACGCGCCUCGUCCAGGUCAUGGACCAGAGCCAGCACUCGCUCGCCGACCACGGCGGCGAGGGUGCCGCAUACGAGUUCUCCCAGGGGCUCGACAGCUGGGAGAAGGAGCUCUUUACCGUGGGCGAGAACUCGGCGAAGCAGAUGAAGGCGUGGUUCGACACCAAGGCCAAGAAGCGGUAG